AUGUCUGCCUCUCCUAUGUCAGUGUCUUCAUAAGAAGAAUAUAUGGUUGAAGCUAUAACAAAUAAAAGAGUCAAGAAUGGUCGUACUGAAUAUGAAGUAAAAUGGCAAGGUUACUCUGAAAAUGAAAAAACUUGGGAACCUAUAGAAAAUCUACAAUCUGUUAUGACUUAUGUGUUAGAUUUUGAAUAAUCACUCAAAGCAAAACCAUAAGAAGUAGGAGAAGGUACAUAUGAUGAUGGAGAUUCUGCAGAUGAAAUUAUAUAAAUAAGAAAAGACAAUGAUGGUCAAAAUUUGUUAUUCCAAGUGUCAUGGAAACAAAAGAAUAAUCGUGCACCUAAAGUAUCAUGGAUCAAUCAAAAUUCAUUGAAAAUGCAUAACCCAGAGAUUCUGAUUGAUUAUUUAUUAAAGAAGAUCAAAUGGCCAAACAAUAAAUGA